AUGGCUCUGCUAAUGGAGCACCAGUUCAGGCAGCUGCCAGCCGACAGACAGGUGGAAACAAGACCGUUUCUGGAGGCUGUGUCAUACCUUCCACCGUUCUUUGACUGUCUUGGUUCUACUGUUUUUGCACCAAUUAAAGCUGACUUAUCUGGCAACAUCACAAAAAUCAAGGCGGUCUAUGAUACCAACCCAGGACGGUUCAAGACGCUGCAGCAGAUUAUGGAGGCAGAGAAGGAAAUGCACGGAGCAGGGUGGCCCAAAGUCGGAGCGACCUUUAAUCUCAUGUGGCUGAAAAGGGGUUUACGAUUUAUCCAAGUCUUCCUUCAGAGCCUCGUGGACGGUGACAAGGAUGAAGACAAUCCAAACCUCACCCGAGUCAAUAUCACCAAAGCCUAUGAAAUAGCCCUGAAGAGGUACCAUAGCUGGUUUGUGCAGCAACUUUUCAAGGCUGCUCUCUACGCUGCUCCAUACAAGUCAGAUUUCCUGAAGGCGCUCUCCAAGGGUCGAGACGUCAAGGAAGAGGAAUGCUUGGAGAAAAUCCGAAAAUUCCUCAUCAACUUUUCUGCCACUGUCGAUGCUAUUUAUGAGAUGUACAGUAAGAUGAAUGCCGACCUUGACUCCUCAGUGUGACGUUCCUCUUCUCUCCAGUGAUCCGUGUAGUUUACAAAGUCAUUUACAUGAUGCAGUCAGCACUUGUGCAGUCUACAUAUUGACUCGGCUCCCUGCAGGCCUUCUGCUGGUUCACUGUGAGAGUGUAUUUGUAAUACUCGCAUCAAAUGUUUCUGCACUUUCAUCUUUGCUGCCUCUGGCUUUUCUCUUUGUGCC